AUGAUCGUGGUGGAAGUCCAAGGGGGCACGGGCAGCGCAGCGACUCUCACCAGUACCACCACCGCGUCCAUGGUUGGCGAUGAAAACUUGAAAGCUCUCGAGUUCUACAGUGGAAUAGGUGGCCUACAUCUGGCUUUAUCAAGGAGCUCCGUCAACGCUUCAAUCGAAUCUGCAUUCGAUUGGGAUCAAAAUGCUUGUAAAGUGUACGAGGCCAAUCAUGGGAGGGGAGUUGUUGAGAGAGUCAAUAUCUCGACACUGACGGCCACCAAGUUGGCUAGAUAUGAAGCAGAGAUGUGGUUACUUUCACCUUCAUGCCAGCCUUACACGGUCUUGAAUCCGAACGCCAAAGGUGAUCUAGAUCCCAGAGCCAAAUCCUUUCUGCAUUUAAUUCAGAACGUCCUCCCCGAAAUGGCACAAACAAAAUCACAUCCAUCGUACUUGCUAGUCGAAAACGUUGCUGGGUUCGAGACGUCUUCCACACACUCGAUCCUUCUGGAAACACUCCGGAGGAUUGGCUACCACACCGCCGAAUUCCUUCUCACCCCUCUCCAAUUCGGUGUUCCCAAUUCACGAUUGCGUUACUACCUCCUUGCGCGAAAAUCUGUACCGUUCUCGUGCUCAGAGGAAGUACAGUCAUCUAUACCUGGGUUGCCGGAGGUACAUGUCCCAGAGAUCGGCUAUUAUUUGGACGAACCUGAGCUGGUUAGCGAGGGGGAGGGCGAGUCGUGGCAUCCUCAUGCGGUGCCUGACCGCGUUCUGAAAAAGUGGGGGAGGUUAUUUGAUAUCGUUCUUCCAUCAUCUCGGCGGACAUGUUGUUUUACUCGAGGUUACACUCAACUCGUCGAGCGCGCUGGAUCCAUCAUCCAAAUGAACGAAAGCCUGGAUACCACUACUACGUUUGAUUCGUUUCUAGCGAUAGACGACCAAGACGAAGCCAUCAAGAUCCUUUAUCCGCUCAAGCUGCGCUACUUUUCCCCCACUGAAUUACUUCGGCUUUUUGCAUUUGAGGACGAUGGAUUUCAUUUCAUUUGGCCUCGCGAUAUAAGCAGAAAGACGAAGUACCGUCUGAUUGGGAACAGCGUCAAUGUACGGGUCGUGAAGGAAUUGAUAGAGUAUCUGUGUCAUGCUACGAAUCUUCUGUGUAACACAACAGUUGUAUAGGAGCCUAAGGGAACCGGGAUGCUAAAUCGCUAAGCAGCGCCACUUUUCAACAUGGUCUAAACCUUUGUUUCUUAAACUCGCCUCUGCCAGCGGUAUUAUUCAAUAGGGCUGUUCAAUUCUAAAUUUUCAAACGUUGCAAACCAUGUAAUUCAAACUCCGCCCCAUCGUCGGUUCGAUCGGGCACCCCGGCCUGUAAGCGCCCAGUCUUUUUCUGCCCGCAUCGUCCCCGCCGUCUCGUUCGACGUCCAGCCUCACGGUGCAGCUGUCACUCGUAAGGACCAAAAUUCGCUUCAUCAACACCUGUUCCUUUAUAUCCAACUUCUUUUUCUGCCAUCUCAUGCCAACUGCGACCAUAACUCAACACGUGAAUGCUAUUCUCACGGAUGCACAACAUCUUCUUGGGGCGGCCGAUAUCCUUGAAGAGGAAUCUGACUCAGAGGAAGAUGUGGAGGACUUGGAGGACAACGAAGAAGUGGCAGUUUUGUGACGGGCACUUGGUGCAAGAUGGUUGGAGAUGGCAUGUACACUUUGUGGUGAUGGUAGAAGGGGUCCAUAUUUCCAGUUUCCGAAGUAAAAAGACUUUCUUGAGUGCUUGCUGCAACUUCCUGACCGCCAGUUCCGCUCUGUUUUCCGAGUCAGCCAUGAUAUGUUCGACACUCUUGUCAAGCUUCUCGCUCCGAACCCAUUGUUCCAGUCAAAGGGCCGAAAACCUCAGCGCCAUCUCAAGCACCAACUUGGCACAUUCCUAAUAUGCUACGGUCAACUGGCUUCACCAAUACAAGAUACUGCACUGAAGGUCGCAAUCGGUGCAGGCACCGUUGUUUUAUACUGCAGGCGUGUAACACGAGCAAUCAGAGAGUUACGUUCGAAGUUCGGUGGUUGGGUUGAGUGAGGAGGAGGUUUAUUAGCUGCCACUGCUGCAAGUAGAUCAAGUGGAUUCUUCUAGCUGUCAAUUAGUCUUAUUUAUAUCACAUUAUAAAACGGGGAAUACUAUAGUGAUAUAGAGACUUAAAGACUUAUAGAUUAUGUUUUCUAAGGAGCGCA